AGGGAGGCGGUGUGCAAGGCGACGUGCGGGUGAGGGAUCGGGGCGCUGCGACGCAAAGGGGCAGCGCGCAGGUCGGGGCCGGCUGGCCAUCUCGUGCUGGGCUUUUGGACGGAAAUCCUCCGAGCGUCGCGUGGGCUCCCUGGAGGCGAGGAUGGCCCGGGAUGCUCUUCCUUGGGGCGCGGCGCAGAAGUAGGGCGUCCCCCCCGUCGGGUCCGGACGAGCCAGAAAAGGCUUCUCCAGUCUGGUGCGCGGAUCUUGCAGGAGCGGAGAAAAGGGGGCUGGGUCUCCCCCCCCCCCCGCGAAGCCAGCAGUUCAGCAGCACCCAAAGAGCGAAGGUACCAGCCGUGAGCCCUCACCUGAAGCCACUUUUCCUGCCCAGCUGACUUGUACCCGACAUGUCUGUCAUGGUGGAACUUGGCGACCACCAAUCAGAGAGGAUGACGGCCGAUGACAUCAUUGUCAACACGCGCCAGGUGAUGAAGGGCCUGGAGGCCCUGCGGAGCGAGAAUGAGAGCAUCCAUCAUCGGCUGCAGGAGGCCUUGCUGAAGGAGCGGCAGCUGCUGGAUGAGAGGGAGGAAGCCGUGGCAUCAGAUGCAGAGUCUGUGGACGUGCAGGCUCUGGAACUCCUGGAGGAGAAGCAUGAUCUUGUCUGCAAAAGCUUGGAGGGGAUUGAGUUGGGCAUCGCAGAGGCCCAGAUGAUGAUUGCACUGUCCUCUCACAUCGGGGCUCUGGAAGCGGAGAAGCAGAAGCUUCGGGCACAGGUGAAGCGCCUCUGUCAGGAGAACCUGUGGCUGCGAGAUGAGCUGGCGGUUACCCAGCUGCGGCUGCAACACAGUGAGGAGACGGUGGCGCAGUUGGAGGAGGAGAAGAAGCACCUGGAGUUCUUGAACCAGCUCAGACAGUAUGACCCCAAAGAGGAUCAGGCAGAGAAGGACGACUCAGAGAGGAGAAAGGACAGUCUGUCUUCGCUGUUCCCUAGUGAUGAUGAUGAUCAGAGGCAGGGGGGACGGAGCACGAGUGCAAUCGCUUCUGUAGCUCAGCAAGGCGGUUAUGAGAUCCCGGUGCGCCUGCGGACGCUGCACAACCUGGUCAUCCAGUAUGCGUCUCAAGGGCGCUAUGAAGUGGCUGUGCCGCUUUGCAAACAGGCGCUGGAAGAUCUGGAGAAGAGCUCUGGACACAGCCACCCAGACGUGGCCACAAUGCUGAAUAUCCUCGCCCUGGUCUACAGGGACCAGAACAAGUAUAAGGAAGCCACGGAGCUGCUGAACAACGCCCUCAACAUCCGAGAGCAGACCUUGGGGGUGGAGCACCCUGCAGUGGCUGCUACGCUUAAUAACUUGGCUGUGCUGUAUGGCAAGCGGGGCAAGUACGAGGAAGCCGAGCCGUUGUGCAAGAGAGCCUUGGAGAUCCGAGAGAAGGUGUUGGGUACUGAUCAUCCCGACGUAGCCAAACAGCUAAACAAUCUGGCCCUCCUGUGCCAGAACCAGGGCAAGUUUGAGGAGGUAGAGCAGUACUAUCAGCGGGCACUAUGCAUUUACCAGACCCGGCUGGGCCCCGAUGACCCCAAUGUUGCCAAAACCAAGAACAAUCUGGCAUCCUCCUACCUGAAGCAGGGCAAGUACCAGGAGGCUGAGGAGCUGUACAAGGAAAUCCUGUCCUCGCAUGACCAGGAGUCGGCUAUCAACAGGGGUGAGGAGAGCAGAGUGGGACCUGGAAGAGGUGCUCAACAAGACCAGGAUGCCAUGUGGAGCCUGAGGCAGAGCAGUUCCUUCUCCCGCUUCCGUGAAUCCCUCAAACGUGGCAGUGAGAAGCUUGUCUCCAAACUCAAAGGGGAAGGGGGCCGGCGCCCUCUUGCAUCCUCAGACCCUGGGAUGAAAAGGGCCACUUCCCUCAAUGUGUUGCACAUGGGCGAGCGAGCUGCGGCUGCGUCCCCAACGCAGCCCCACAGGAACUUGACGGGGCCCCACAGCCUGAGCUCCAGCUCACAGGACCUCACACAUGGCAGUUCUACCUAGGACUGGCCCAGUCCCUGCCCUCCGUGCUUCCCUUGCCUUGCUCUCACUGCCUGAGGCUAGACCGGAGUCCGAGCCUCGCUCUCUUCCCUUCUGCCAGCUCCGGCCUCCAGCGUAGCUUGUGGGGCUGCUGGGGCAGGGCACGGCUGCUGCUUCCUGCGCCAAGUGGAGACCGCCAGCUGGAGCAUCCCUGGAGCGCGCCGACCCUUGGCCUCUGGCGCUGCCGUGGCUUGGAGGUGGAAGGAGGACGACAGGCUGCUAUUUCUCAGGACGUUGGGUUGGGGGCAGCCGACAGCCCUCCCCAAAGCUGCACAGACAAGAAGGCCUCCCCCACCCCUCUGCUGCUGCUGCUGCCUUCACUAUUGGUGUAUGGCCAGGUAAAGCUGCACUCCUCCAUUCCCUCCCCCCCCCCCUGGAAGAACUGCUGCUAUUUCUCUCCAGCCAAAGUCACUAUUUAUUCUUUUUAUGCAACAGGGAGCAUAUCACACACCCCCUCCAUCCCCUAAAUAAAUGGCUGUAAAUGGAUACUGGAUCAGU